AUGGACGACACCGCCGACCCGCUGCUUUCCUUCUUCUCGGCGGAGGAGGCCGCACUGGAGAACAUCCUGUACUCCAUUCUUGGUGCUGAGCCGAGUGCGUCGCACGAGCAGCUCAAGAAGGCGUACCGUCUGAAGGCGCUGCGCUGCCAUCCGGAUAAGCACGCGGGCAAGGGCCCUAAGGAGGUUGAGCGCCUGAAGCAUGAAUUCCAGCAGGUCGGAUUUGCUUGGGCUGUUCUUAGUGAUGAGAAGAGGAGGAAGAGGUACGACUCGACGGGGCGUACCGACGAGAUCAAGUUUGACGAGGUGUCCUGGGACGACUACUUCGCAGACCUGUUCGACGGCGUGGACCGCAAGAUCCUCGAUGACGACCGGAAGAAGUACCAGGGCUCGGCCGAGGAGCUCGAGGACCUCGUCGACGCCUACACCGCGACGCAAGGCGACCUCGCCAAGAUCAUGGAGCGCAUCCCGCACUCGACGCACUCUGAUGAGAAGCGCUUCGUGAAGCUGCUGAACGGGCAGAUUGCCGACGGCGCGAUCAAGGAGACGAAGGCGUGGCGUGCGUCGUCAAAGGACGGGAAGGCCGCCGCGAAGCGCAAGGCGAAGCAGGAGAAGGAGGCCGAGGCAGCGGAGAAGCAGGCCAAGGAGCUCGGCGUCUGGGACGAGUUCUUCGGCGACGGCAAGAAGGGCAAGCGGAAACGCGACGCUGCCGGAGGGGGUGAUGAGAAGCGCCAGGUCGGCCGUGCCAACGUUUUCUCGGCGCUCGAGGCCAAGUACGCGUCUUUCGAGUCAUACGAAGAGGAGAUCGAGAUCGAGUACUCGACGUCCUCCACCAAGGCGAAGAAGGGCAAGAAGGGCAAGGGCAAGAAGCAGGCGGACGAGGACCCGCUCGCCGAUGCCGACUUUGAGGCGCUCCGGGCGAAGAUGUUCGGCGGCAAGAAGCAGCAGAAGGCUAAGAACACCCAUGCUGAGCUCGACGACCUCGACGAUGAUGCGUUUGCCGCUCUCCAGGCCAAGAUGUUCGGAAACAAGAAAGCGAAGAAGUAG